UCAGUGUCCCGGCGAAUGCCGUACGUGACGGUUGUGUGUAAUGUGGUUAAGCGCAUCAAUAAUUACGAUGUUUGGUGUGUCAUUGUGAAAAGUGCAUACAAAUCAGUGUUCACAGUUAAAAUGCACACUGCGCAUUGUUUGCGCCUUACCAUCAUCACACUUAUCCUGAAAUCGGUCCACUGCGAGACGAGUAGGGAAGAGUCGCCACCUUGCGGCGGGCGCCUGAAGGGCCCCGUGGGGACCAUCCAGACGCCCAACUUCCCCAACCCGUUCCCGGUGCCGAUCAAGUGCAAGUGGAUCAUCGAACACGACAUCGCGAACGGCACUAUAUCGAUAUACUUCACGCAGCAGUACACCACUAGCGGGCUCACGUUCACGGAGUACAUGUACUAUGAUGACACCUACAAGCUGGGUGAGCGGCGCGCGCUCACCGUCACCGAAGAGAACAUCACUAGGAUCAAAUAUUUACAGGUGCAAAGCCCGGUGCUGGUGGUGGAGCUGUCGCUGUCGCGCGCGGAGGGCUCGCAGCUGCGCGCGCUGGGGCUGCUGGCGGUGUUCGGGCUCAACGUGACGUACGCCGUGCGCGCGCCCUCCGCGCCCGCACCCCGCACCUCCUGCAGCGCCAUCGAGUGCCGCCUGCUCGGACACUGCUACGCCUCACAUGAUUAUAGUGAGUUUUUCUGUUCGUGUUUCGACGGCUACUCUGGGCCAGAUUGCGGGGUCGGGCCACUUUGUCCCAGCACCUCAAACAUGUGCAAGAACAAGGGAACAUGCAGACAAAUGGGUCCGGCAGCCGUCAGCUGUAUCUGCGCGCCUGGCUACACAGGCGACCUCUGUGAAUCGGAAAUCGCAACACCAGAAUGCGGCAUCGAAGAGUGCUUGGAAGGCUGUAAAGGGAUAAACAACUGUGAUUGUAGUCCAAAAGAUAGCGACAGCUUGGCGGCUCGCUUCGAAACCAAGUUGCAAGUUGCAGACAUGGCCAACGGUAAAAUCGCCGACGUAAUUAUCGAAAAGGUCACUAAUUACUUGCGGGCGUCGAAUAUUACGUUACAAGAAGACAUCGAAGUAUUAAAUAUAAGUUCACCAGACCAAAGUGGGGCCAGAAACGUAUGGCUCCGAGUGUGGGGUCUACGUAAAGAGGCCGGGGCUUUGCGUUCAGCGUUAUCUAAACUAGUAUCUAAUACUAACUCGGACACCCUGCCCCUCUUGCCUGCAGCACUAGAACUAGAAAUGCAACCGGCGCUUAGUCUCCAUAAACUUAUUAUAAAUCAACAUCCUGAGGUGUGGGAAGGUGGGGAGUUCAUUCUCAGCUGCAUGGCUUACGGGUCACCCAAUAUCGCUUUUACUUGGUACAAGGAUGGGGUGAAGAUCAACUUUAAUGGGACCAGCAGAGACAUCUGGACCAGGACAGUAGCAGAAGACGCAUUGGGACGCCGCAUGUCCGUUCUAGGCAUAUCUGAAGCGAAAAAACUGGACGGCGGCAAAUGGGCUUGUGCCGCCGUUGACGCUGGCCGCCGGAGGUGUAGUGCCUUAAGACUUAGUGUGUUCAGACCACCUAAUAUACGGCUAGUACCUUCAACACUUACUGUAAAUAAAGGGGAUAACGUCAGUAUAACCUGUCUGGCUGGAGCAGGUAGAGUACAUGGAACAUUAGGCUUCAGUUGGGCGAGAGAAAGGAACCUUUUGGCCCUUGCCCCGGGCAGGGAAGUGUGGGAAGAUUUGUAUCCUGCUGGGAGUGUGCUCAAACUUUAUAAUGUUCAGAAAUCAGCUGAAUACAGUUGUCAAGUAUCAUCCGUAGCUGGGACAAAUUCUAAGGCAGUAACAGUGUGGGCGGUGGGGUCCAUAAAUGACGUGUGUGAGAGUGAGGCAUCUCAUGGCCUACGGUGGCCUCAAACAGCCCCCGGGGCAUAUGCUAUUGCCUCUUGUCCAACUGGAUCCAGUGGGGAAACUACCAGAUUCUGCGAGCCGAAAACAACAACAGGCCCAGCUAAAUGGAGCCUACCAAACUUUUCUGGGUGCACUGAUGAUUCGUUGCAAGAUAUUUAUGAACAGUUCACCCUCAUAUCCUACGGCUACUCCUGGGUACCAGUAAACGACAUUGUACGACAGUACGGCGCAGUACUACGAUCUCUCCCAGGGCACCCUGGUGCGGCCACAGUGCCUCUCCAGCACGCGUCCACUAUUCUAGACUACCUACGGUCUAUGGUCGCUAACACCACUGACAGAGCUCUCAGCGCUGAGCCUCUGCUGAAAAUCUAUGACACUUUAUUAAAACAUCGAGACGCGUUUUUGGAUGAGCAGAAGAUUUACCAACUCCAAAACGUAAUAGUAAAAACAGCAACAAUGAAGAAUGACCUGGACUUCCGUUGCCAAGAAUUUGUGGUACAAACGAAAGCACUGCAAGAAGAUAAAGGACACUUCAGCUUUCCACUAAAUCAAAAUUCAGAAGAAUGGCUGUUAACGUCUGUGGACGUUGAAGUGGCUGACGGAUCUGAGAAUGUGCUAGCAGUUGUCAAUUAUAAUGAUCUGUCCGCGCGAUUACCUUCUUUACGGAGAACUAUGGAGCUCAAAGGUAGUCGUGAAAUAGAAUAUCAUAUGGCUUCAACGCAGUCCCAAGUUUGGUCUGACGGCAAUCAAGAUGAUUCCAAAUAUACAAUCACAUUGCUUUUUAUUCAUGCAAAGAAUUAUAGUGCAAUAGAGUCCAGACUAGCAUGUGCACUCCGCACCUCGUCGGAGCCGAGCACGUGGUCCCGCAGCGCGUGCGAGGUGCGGGUCCCGGAGCCCAGCCACGUGUCUUGCCGCUGUCGGGGUCUGGCCACGUACGCGCUCUUCACCAUCGCACCCACCACGCUCACAGAUGCAGAAAGGGACUUACGUGAGAUAGUCAAAGUGACGGUCGGUUUGGGGGCUGCAUUGUGUCUGCUCGCGGCCGUUUUACUGCUUCUCACGCUGGGGGGGCAAAGCCCCCGCCUGCCCAUCAUGUUGCGAGUGGUGACCGCCGCCGCGCAUGCUACUGCGCUGCUAGCCCUGCUGGACUGUGAUACUAGGCAGGAGGAGGCGUGUCCGGGCGCGGCGGGGUGGGCGUGCGCGGCGAGCUGGUGCGCGGCCAGCGCGGCGCUGUGCGCGCAGCCGCUGCUGCUGCAGGCCGAGCUGGCGGGCCGCCCGCAGCGCGCCGCCUCCGUCGGGAUACUCGCUGGGUUCAGCACGCUGUGCUGGCUGUCGGCGCGCGUGUGGGGCGGCGCGCCGCUGCAGGCGGGCGCGGGCGCGCUGGCGGCGCUGGCGGCGGGCUGCGGCCUGCUGGCGCUGCUCGCGCUCGCGCUCGCGCUCUGCGCCGCGCUGCGCCUGCGCCUGCUGCUGCGCAAGGUGCCCGCCGAGCGCCGCUCUUACCUGCACGAUCGGGUGCGCGAGGUGCGGCACACGCUGGUGCUGCUGGCCACGUCGAGCGCGGCGCAGGUGGGCGGCGCGGCGUACGCGCAGCGCGCCCCGCCGCACCUGCCGCACCUGCCGCACCUGCCGCGCGCCGCCGCGCUCGCCGCCGCCGCACUGCUCAAUGGUAUAGCAAUACUGACAUGUUACGUACUGUGCCAAACGGAGAGCGCCCGGUGCUUGCGUCGCGUGUGUCGCGCCGUCUGGUCGUGUCGCGCGUGUCGCGAGUGCGCGCCGCCGCGUCACGCGCCCCAGCGCGACACCACACUUAGCUUGUACAUAAAGCAAAACGGCGAGGCAGAAAGUCGAGGAGGAAUGGGUUUCUUGGAGACCUCAUCAUCACAAGCCACUCCCAUGACGACAUACUGGCGAUUUGAGAGCCCUUCUAAAAUCAACAGGAAGCUAUCAUCACCCCUUCAAGAAGACGGUCGAGCUGACAUCAUCAGAUGCGUGGAAUACAAGCAACCUUCCCACGGCCGCUCCAUCACAACGCAAGCCUGCGAUCUGAUCCCGGACUACAUCGGCUCCGGCUACAUCGAGCUCGGAAAACCAAAAAUUACACGGGAUAUUACCUCCCCUCUCCUCCCCCAAGAAAUAAGCAAAGAAUGCUCCCUUUGCAUCCAAUCUAACCCCGAUAUAUCAAAACUUCCGCUCCCCAUCAAAAGUUGCCUGAAGAAAACAAAAAACUUCGCCUCGACUGUCUCUCUCCCUUCAGAAGACGUACCAAAUACAGAUAUUAUUUUAGUGAAUAAGAAAUGGAAUAAAGCAUAUCCGCCUGAUACGGACCAAAUGAUGAACAAAAUUACCAAUGACUUGGAUUUCUUAUUAAAUAGAAAUAAGAGAAAAGAUGCCCAAAUUGAAGAGGCGCCUACUUAGUUGAAAUUUGUUAGGGGAUUAUAGAGCAAUGUUCAUGUACAUUUAAAUGUUAAAUAAAUUCAAAGUAUUAAUAUUUUAAGACUUUCUAAUUAUUAAGUAAGUAUUCCAAUCUCGAUUUUUUUUUCUUUUUGUAGCUCAAUUUCUUAGUACUUUUGUCUUUCUUUCAUUCAUCAUAAUAAACGUCUUAUUUUAUGUUACCAUUACUUGUGAUAAACUUAAUUUGUGUUUCAUUUUUUAACCUUGUACACUUAUUUAUUAUUUAAUGAAUCUUAUUCUUGUGUACAGAUAAUAUUAAGAUAAAAUACUCAUUAUUUGUAGAAUGAUAUAGUUUUCAUACAAUUUUUAAACAUUUUUUUAUUGAAAAUAAAGACAAAAAUA